CACCAGAUAGCAACUCCCCAGUUUUGCAAGCUCAUGAUAAUCACAACUCUCUGUCUCUCUCGCCCAAAUACUUCUUCUUUGGUUAACACCAUCAUCACAGCCUGACUCAUCUUCUCUAGCUAUAGUUAUCUCUAUCAAUUUCUUUGAGGAACAACUAUAUAUGGAGUCUAGAGAAGAAACAGAAAACAUGGAUGGUUUUGCUUAUAGCUUUGGAUUCUCCAUUGGAAUUCUUGCGGUGAUCGUAGUGAUGACCGCGGCUUCUUACUAUUGCACUCGCUUGCAUUCCGCUUCUGAUCCUACGAACCACAACAGCAACACAACCCAUGAAGAUUCAGUGACCAUUGACAUAGGCCUUGAUGAAUCAACACUCAAUAGCUACCCCAAAUUGCUUUACUCACAAGCCAAGGUUCACAAAGGUGACUCAAUCGCUUCUUGCUGUUCUAUAUGUUUGACAGAUUAUAAAGAGAGUGAUACGCUUAGGCUUUUGCCUGAUUGUGGCCAUGUUUUCCAUCGCAAGUGUGUGGAUCCAUGGCUGCGGCUGCAUCCAACAUGUCCUAUGUGCAGGAAUUCGCGAGCCUCGACGCCUCUAGCGACUCCUCUUGCUGAGGUGGCUCCCUUAACAGGGCGAUUAGAUUGAGAAGUUGGCUGAAAUUGUUAUAGGUUUUAUCAAAUGUAUUUUUUCUUUUCACCAUUUCUCUAUGUAAUAGAAUGAAUGUUGUAAAAAUUCAUGCGGCCGGUUUGUA